CCUCACCUGAUGGUUUAAAAGUUGUGAGAAGUAACGAAGUGAGUAGUUGAGACCUGGUCAGACCCUGAAGAGGAUGUUCCUGUUCCUGUUCUUCCUGGUGGCCGUCCUACCAGUCAACACUGAAGGAGGAGAGAUCAUAUGGGGUACAGAGUCCAAACCCCACUCCCGGCCCUACAUGGCAUUCAUAGAGUUUUAUGAUAGUAAUUCAAAACCCCAACGCUGUGGCGGUUUCCUGGUGGCAAAAGACAUCGUAAUGACAGCAGCUCACUGUAAUGGAAGAAAUAUAAAAGUAACCUUAGGUGCUCACAAUAUCAAGAAACAAGAAAACACCCAGCCCAUCUCUAUUGUAAAAGCCAAACCUCACGAGAACUAUGACAGACAUUCACGGUUUAAUGACAUCAUGCUCCUGAAGUUGGAACGCAAAGCUCAACUCAAUGGUGUUGUGAAGACGAUUGCCCUUCCUAGGAGCCAGGACUGGGUGAAACCUGGGCAGGUGUGCACAGUGGCAGGUUGGGGACACUUGGCCAAUUGUACUUCAUCUAACACACUUCAAGAAGUGAAUCUAGAAGUUCAGAAAGGCCAGAAGUGCCAAGGCAUGUCCGAAGACUACAACGACUCCAUCCAGCUUUGUGUGGGAAACCCCAAGGAGGGGAAGGCUACCAGUGAGGAAGACUCAGGGGGUCCCUUUGUGUGUGAUGGAGUGGCCCAGGGCAUUGUCAGUCGUCGCUUGUGUACUGGGACACUUCCUCGAGUAUUCACCAGAAUCUCCAGCUUUAUACCGUGGAUUCAGAAAACAAUGAAACUCCUUCAACAACGCUAGAACAGAAAACCUGUGUCUGGGCCAAUGUCCAGCAUCCUGGGGUAUGGCUAUCUGAGUCUUAA